CGCGCGUUACUCGGUCAGUUUACAUCAUGGCUUCGUUCGAUCGUGAUCGGCUUGUCUGGAGCGGUCCCAGGCAGCCGUGUGUUUUCAAUCCCGCGUGUAAUUUUGGUCAAAUCGUCCUGAACCUACUCGAGAGGUCCAAAGAAAAAGUAAUUCAGAUCGAUGGGGAUACGGGGCGGACAAUGACCCGGGCCGAAAUGCGCAUCCGAGUUGUCCGAGUGGCACAGCGUCUGCAGAAGCUUGGUUAUGGCGUAGGUGAUAUCGCGUCUGUGGUGGCAGUUAACAGUGAAAAUCUGGCGCCACUCGUACUCGGACUGCAGGUGAUUGGCGUUGGAUUCAACGCCCUGGCGCCGACCUUCGACGAGGACGAAAUGGCGCACAUGAUGCGGCAAACGCAGUCCAAGCUGUUGUUCUGCGACGCCGAUAAUUACGACACAGUUAAAGCCGCCGCCAGCAAGACAAUUAGCGAACAAUUUCGGGUGUUUGUGAUGGAGAACGCCCGUGAUGAGACGCUCUCGGUGGAGCAGCUCUUCAAGCCAACCGGAACGGAGCAUUUGUUCUACCCCAGAUAUUUAGGCGAUUCGUACCAACUGAUUGCCAACAUCACCUGCUCAUCCGGAACCACAGGUCUUCCCAAGGGUGUCUGCUUUUCCCACGCACAAACAAUCUCCGGCUUCUGCAAAGUAGCAAACUUCGAGGACGGAAUCUGUUUGAACUUCAGCACACUCUACUGGGGAACGGGUGUUUACGUGCUAAACAUGGCUGUCAUGAACGACUCCACCCGGCUCAUAACCCGGCGACCCUUCUCAGUGGAUCUGUUCUUCGAGCUGAUCGAGAAGUACAAGAUCCGGUUCCUGUACACGCCAGCCUCGUACGCAACGGCCAUCAUCGGAGAUCCCCGUGCCGCCGGCACCGAUCUGUCCAGUAUUAAGGUGUGGGCUCUGGGAGCUUCCAAUGUGUCCGAAACCAUUCGGGAUGCGGUUGAUGCUGCGCUGAAACCAACCGGACGGUCGUACAAUUUUUACGGCACCUCCGAGUGUGGCUUCCUGGCGGCUGACUUUCUUAAGCGGAAACCGAACGCGGUAGGAAAAGUGGGCACUAAUAUGCAGGUACGCAUUAUCAGUGAUUCCGGAGAGCCACUUGGAGUCGGCGAACAGGGCGAGGUGGUGGUGAAGUCGGUGGGGAUUCCGUUUCUAGGUUAUUAUAAAAACGAGGAAGCUUCUCGUGAGGCACUCGACAAAGAUGGUUGGUUUCUGACCGGAGAUGUGGGAUUUUUCGACGAUGAAGGGUACCUUCAUUUGGUGGAGCGUAAAAAGGAUAUUUUGAAAUAUCACGGUAAUCAGGUGUCCCCUUCGGAGGUGGAAGCUGUCAUUCAACAAAUCCACGAGGUGCUGCAGGUGUGCGUCACGGGUGUUCCCAACGAGGACAAAACAUCGGACCUGGUAACGGCCGUCAUUCGAAAGUAUCCCCUGGCAGAGUUGACGGCGGAAACAGUGGCGGACUUCGUCGCCAGCAAAUUGAGUGACGCUAAGCAUUUACGAGGUGGUGUGUAUUUUGUUAGCGAGUUUCCCAUGACGACAAAUGGGAAGAUUAUUAGAAGAAAAGUUCGUCAAAUGCUACUGGAUGGGAGCAUUAAAUGAAAAGUACUGCAAUAAAGAGGAAGGUAUCG